AUGAGUGUAACGAGUGAAUUUUAUGAAUCAUUUAAUGAGGCUGAAUACAAUGAAGGUUUUGAUACUGGCGAUACAUCUAAUGUCACAAGAGAAAACCUUGCAAACCUUUCUUCUCUGGAGAAAUUAAACUUCAAAGCUGUAUAA